GGUUACCUUGUGGUCGAGGCAACAAAUAGCAGCUAGAGCAACGGCGACUAUCAAGCGAGUCAGAGCAGCGGAAAAGCAACUUUGGUGGGAAUUCAGACUUAGACGUAGUUACACUACCAAGUUGGACUUCCAGGCCGACGCACACACAGCAUCCAGUGCAAAUAUAGAGGAGGCUCUGAACAUCUGAGGGAUGUCAUCGCGUAUGUUUAAAUUUGGCGUAACUGCCGCUAGCGCCUGUAUAGGCUCUGUUCUAGCAUCUUGGACAAUUGAUCGUUGGAACUCACCGCACGUGGUGAAUAAUGCCGUGCAACGUCCACCGAAACGCAAGCGUACUCUGCCUCUCCGAUCUGAGCAAAUUAAGUCGCUAACGAGUGGUGAGGAAUUCGACGUACUCAUCAUUGGUGGAGGUGCUACAGGUGCAGGAUGCGCCUUGGACUCAGUUACGAGAGGUUUGAAGACAGCAUUAGUCGAACUGGAUGAUUUUGCAAGCGGCACCUCAUCGCGGUCCACGAAACUAAUCCAUGGCGGAGUUCGAUAUCUGCAAAAGGCCAUUCUAGGACUAGACUUUGAGCAGUAUAGAAUGGUGAAAGAGGCGUUGCAGGAGCGCGCCUCAAUGCUUGAGUCGGCGCCACAUCUGACCCACCCGUUGCCAAUCAUGCUGCCCGUUUACACUUGGUGGCAGGUACCAUAUUACUGGGUGGGCAUCAAAUGCUACGAUCUGGUCGCUGGCGAUCGCAAUGUCAAGAGCUCAUACUACUUGUCCAAGCAAGAUGCACUCGAGCUGUUCCCCAUGCUGAAAAAGGAUAAGCUGUGUGGUGCGAUAGUCUACUAUGAUGGGCAACAGGACGAUGCGCGCAUGUGCUUGGCAGUGGCAUUAACGGCUGCACGCCAUGGCGCUACAGUUUGCAAUCAUGUGGAGGUGAAGCAGCUGCUCAAGAAAGACGACGGUACUGGCAAACAAGUGCUAUGUGGAGCCAAGGUCAAGGAUAACAUAUCCGGGAAGGAGUUUACGGUCAAAGCGAAGUGCAUCAUCAAUGCCACCGGCCCUUUCACCGACAGCAUACGCAAAAUGGACGACCCCACGGUGAAGAGCAUUUGCUGCCCCAGCUCGGGCGUACAUAUUGUUCUACCUGGAUACUACAGUCCCGAUCAAAUGGGUCUGCUGGACCCCUCGACCUCCGAUGGACGCGUCAUUUUCUUUUUGCCCUGGCAAAGGCAAACAAUUGCUGGCACCACCGAUUCACCCUGCGAGGUCACCCGUACACCCACACCCACUGAAGACGAGAUUCAGUUCAUUUUGAGCGAGAUCAAGAAUUAUUUGAACGCCGAUGUAGAGGUGCGUCGUGGCGAUGUACUCUCCGCUUGGAGCGGCAUUCGCCCAUUGGUGUCCGAUCCCAAUAAAGAUGACACACAAUCGCUGGCACGCAAUCACAUUGUGCAUGUGAGCCCUUCAAAGCUCAUCACCAUAGCCGGCGGAAAGUGGACUACGUACAGGGCUAUGGCAGAGCAUACCCUCGAUGCGGCCAUUAAGGCUUGCAAUCUAAGUCCGGAACGUGCCGAGGCUGUGACAUCGUACCUUAAAAUCGAGGGCGGUCAGGGCUGGACUCCAACGAUGUACAUACGUCUCGUACAAGAUUUCGGCUUGGAGUGUGAAGUGGCUCAGCACUUGGCAAAGUCGUACGGCGAUCGAGCAUUUGCCGUGUCAAAGAUGGCUUCGCUCACUGGCAAGCGUUGGCCUAUUAUUGGCAAUCGCAUUCACCCAGAGUUCCCCUACAUUGACGCAGAAAUUCGAUAUGGCGUGCGUGAGUACGCCUGCACUGCCGUGGAUAUGAUUGCGCGUCGCUUGCGCUUGGCCUUCCUCAAUGUUCAGGCCGCUCAGGAGGCUUUGCCCGUCAUUGUGGACAUCAUGGGUGAAGAGCUGCAGUGGUCGAAGGAUGAGAAAGAGAAGCAAAUCAAGCAAGCAACCGAAUUCUUGGCCAAUGAAAUGGGCCAUUCUGUCAAUCGCACAUCGAAGGAAAGGAUUCCCAUUAAACUAUCAAAAGAUGAGAUACAAACAUAUAUCAAACGCUUCCAGCUUAUUGACAAAGAUAAAAAGGGAUAUGUGUCCAUCAACGACAUACGCAGAGCGAUCAAAAACUUUGGCGAUGGAGAUGUUUCCGGCGAGCAGCUCCACGAAAUUCUCAGGGAGAUCGAUACUAACAUGAACGGCCAGGUGGAGCUUGAUGAAUAUUUACAGAUGAUGUCGGCCAUUAAAACUGGCGAUGUAGCAUAUUCAAGGUUCGCGCGCAUGGCCGAGCUGGAGGAGCAGAAGCACGAGGCUGCAAAUCUAAAGCAGAAGAUCAGUGUGGAUCGUUCGGGAGGUGGACUAUAAUCAACUGAAAAUGCAACAAGUCUUAAAUAUAUGAUGAACGAUGACGAAAACUUAUACAAUUUUUAACUUAUUUUGCUGUUAUUAAAGCCUUGAAACUUAA